AUGGAUGAGCGGUCAUUUGAGUUGGCGGAGUCUUUCGUUACGCCGCGGUAUGUACAAACCGGCGUAGAGUCACUGCACUCGGUUGAACGCACGGUGCGUGCAAUUAUUGCCCAGCGCCGCUGCCCGGAAGAAGGCCUGCACGACUGUGCAAUUGAAUUGAUAAUGCAGCAACUUGCCGUGAUGGAUACGAACAACUUUAGUAUACAUGUUGGUGCUGGAGAGCGAGAGGGACGCGUUGCUUCGGUAUUGGUUGCGAGGCGCCACUACAGCCUCACCCACGGCAUCGGGCGUUCCGGUGACAUCUGCAGCGAUCAACCGAAGGCAGCCGGGUCAAGUGUGAUGUACAAGUUGGUGAAUCACAUGAUGCUCGACUUGCUGCGACAGGCGGGGACCCCGUCACUUGCAAGCGCUGCUGUGAUUCCCAUGGCAACCGGUAUGACCAUUGCGUUGGCGCUUCGCAGUAUCUUUCAUCAUCGGGUAGAGGAGCUGCGAUUCGACAGCAAGGGUCACACUGAAGAGGAACAGGAAAAGUUGCAUGCUGGCCUUCGUACCAGAGGUGAUGAUUCGGCUGUUCCUCGCUAUGUCAUUUGGACUCGCAUUGACCAGAAGACAGCCCUAAAGUGCAUCGAGCUAUCUGGCUUUGUGCCCAUGGUCGUGCCACUGCGGCGUGCCCCUGUGCUGCGACGGAUGCAAAGCAAGGAGGGACUGGGGACAGCAGAGACCCUACUUCAUUCUUACUUUUUGGAGGCCCAUGUAGACGAUGUCGCUGCUGCAAUUGAACGCGUUGGGGGCCCUAAGCACGUGCUGUGCGUCUUGUCCACGACGAGCUGCUUUGCGCCGCGGCUGCCCGAUGAUGUUGUUGCCAUCGCAAAGCUAUGCAAAGCACUUGAUAUUCCAUAUGUUGUGAACAACGCUUAUGGUGUGCAAAGCCGCACCAUCAUGCAUAAGUUAGAUGCCGCCAUUCGACUGGGUCGUGUGGAUCUCAUCGUGCAAUCUGGGGACAAAAAUUUUCUCGUCCCUGUAGGUGGGGCUGUACUAAGUGGUGGCAAGACCGCCGUGGCACGUGCCACUUCUUUAUACGCGGGCCGAGCAAGCGCGUCUCCAGUGAUUGACCUUUUCAUCACUGCGCUGAGUCUAGGCCGAAGCGGGUUCAAAAAGUUAUGGGACACGCGGUACCUACUGAGGAGGUCUCUCCAGAACCAACUGAAAGGGUUUGCGGGGGCACGGGGAGAAUUGCUUUUGGAUGAGUUCGAUGCGCAAUGUGAUGUUGACGGUGCUAGUGGUGAUUUUGUCGCGGCAGUGCCCCCAAGUGGCGAAGCUGGGUGCGAUGGGGUGGAGAGGCCACAACGUAACGACAUCAGCUUUGCCAUAACUAUGCGCACUGUUGGGAGCCCUUCAACUGCUGCUGCAGUUGGUGCACGUUUGUUUCGGAAAGGGGUGACAGGGCCGCGAGUUGUACUUCCUAGUGACAACGUGACUCGGCUCUGUGGUCAUUCGUUCAGAAAUUACGGUAUGCAUACGGAUGAGACACCCUCUUGCCCGUUGCUUGUGUUGGCCUGUGGUGUUGGUAUGACCGCAGAAGACGUGGACGGCUUGAUGAAGCGGUUAGGAGAGGUUUGGCCGGUCGAGGGGGUAUGA